AUGGAAAUUGUCGGACAGGAAGGUAGACAGGAAGGUGGGCUGGAAAGAAGGCAGAGAAAAAGGCAAAGAGGUAAGAGAAGAGAUAGGCCGGAGAGCUGGGAAAUAGGCAGAGAGGUAAGGGAAGAGGUAGAUAGGGAUGUUUGCUUAGAAUUGUACAAGAAGUUAGUAAGAAAAACAGGCAAGGAUGUAAGUAGGGAUAUGAGUUGUUAUUAUAAAGUUAUUGAUGAAGUUAAAUUUUAUUUUGUCCGUUGUAAUUUUUAA